AUGAGCGCAACACAGCCAAUUACACCAAUAUCAAUUAGCUUGCCAGUUGCCAGCACAUCUGCAGCGCCAACCACUUUGUCGAAGCCAGUACAGCGUAAGCUCGUGCCAGUUGGAGGUGCUUAUGCUGCACACGCACGUCGUCAAGCCUCAGGCAAGACUUUCGAUGAGGACGAUGCAGCUGUGAAGGCGGAGAAUGAAAGAUUGGCCGAAGAAGAGCGUAAGAACCAGCCAGAAGAUGAUGGCGUUGGUGAAGAGCCUGAAUCCAAGGAAUUGUUACAAACUUCUGAUCCAAAGAACUACAAGGCACUCGACAUGUACGCAAUUCUUGGUCUUUCAAACCUUCGUUACAAGGCAACACAAGACCAGAUCCGUCUCGCCCACAAGAAGAAAAUUCUCAGACACCACCCUGACAAGAAGGCAGGUAGGGGCGGUGAUGCCAACGAUGAUCGCUUCUUCAAGUGCGUUGCUAGGGCUUUAGAAAUCCUCGACAACCCAGAAAGACGCAAACAAUUCGAUUCGAUCGACGAGACAUACAGUGACAAGAUCCCAGACGCAAAAACUAAGGGAGAUUUCUUUGAAGUUUACGGACCAGUCUUUGACCGUGAAUCUAGAUUCUCUGAGACACCGGUGCCUUCACUAGGCGGUGCCGACGCACCAAGAGAUCAAGUUGAAGAGUUCUACAACGCAUGGUACAAUUUUGUAUCAUGGCGUUCAUUUGAGUGGUACGAUAAGGAGAUAAAUGAGGGCUCUGAGAAUCGCGAUGACAAGCGUUACACUGAGAAGAAGAACAAGUCAGAUAGAGCUCAGAGAAAGAAGGAGGACAAUGCUCGUGUAAGAACAUUGGUCGACAAUGCUUUAGCUGCAGACCCUCGUAUGAAGAAGUUUAGGCAAGAUGACAAAGCAGCACGUGAAGCGAAGAAGAACAAGGCCAAGGGUAUCACCACGGAUCCUAAGAAGGCUAAGGAAGAUGAGGCAAUUAAAGCAGCCCAAGAGGCGGCAGCCAAGGAGGAGCAAGUUAAGAAAGACGCAGCCAGCAAGGCAAACAAGGCGACUGACAAGAAGGCUAAAGAGGCAGCCAGAAAGAACCUCAGCAAGUCAAAGAAAGCGAUCAAGCAGAUUGUUACAGACAACAAUUACUUCCAGCCACCUGGUUCAACGCCUUCUGCGAAUGAUAUUGAAUUGCAGCUUAAUGAGUUGGACUUGAUCGCGAAUGGUCUUGAGCCUGAAGAGACAGCUGAGCUUAAGAAAUCACUCGAUGGCACACCAGAUGUUGCAGCUAAGCGUGAAGCAAUCGUCAGCUCAGCCAAGAAGUUGCUCGACGUCGGUAAAGUUGAAAGUGGACGUUUCCAACAAUUCGUUUAA